AUGGUAAGCCCGAGGUCACGUAACCCUUCGUCAGAGCUAGACCUGGCACGUCUGCAAAUCUUCGAACGUAUUAACGAGGUGUUCGACAUAAUUCAGAAGUGCAAGCGUCGAGGCACGUCUGCAGAGCAGUGUGGCAUGACCGCAUUUACGCGAAUCGAUGGUGGACCAAUGAGAAGAGUGGAUGGUGUCAGCGGUCCACGCGUUCCAACCAAUCAGCGUGGCGAUUCGAGACCUGGCCAGAUCGCAUCCCAGACGUCUGGCAGUGAAACCUGGCCCAGGGUGACUCCAAAUUACCCCAAAGAAGCGUUCGACGAAUCGAUCCCCUGGCACCUACGCCCUCAAAUCCUCCCUCCUGGACCCUAUCUGGAGGAAUUCCGGGAAGUGACUGUGGUGAAUAAUCCUGUCCAUCCUGAUAGACGCGGUUGA